UUCACGAAACCAGCGCAGACAUACGCUUCUUCUUCUCCCCUUAAACUUUGCACCUCACCGAGCUGGCUCACAUUAGCCUCCUCCGACCACAUCCCUCUUCACUCCCCGCGCGCGCACCCACACCCAUUUCCUCGGCGUCCAAACUCCUCUCGUCUAUGGCUGAAAAUCCUUCUCCAACCCAAUCAACCACCGUCCAGUCGGGCCGGAUUAGAGUUCUCAAGGAAGGAUCGAGACCGUCCGAUCGAGAGAUGGGGCCCGUGGUUUACUGGAUGUUCAGAGAUCAAAGACUGAGAGACAACUGGGCGUUGAUCCACGCCGUUGAUCAGGCGAACAAGGCCAAUGUCCCCGUGGCUGUGGCCUUUAAUCUGUUCGAUCAGUUUUUGGGCGCCAAAGCGCGUCAAUUAGGGUUCAUGUUAAAGGGUCUUCAGCAACUUCAUCGUGAUAUCGAAGUGACUCUUCGUAUACCCUUUUUCUUGUUUCAGGGAGAAGCUAUAGAAACAAUUCCCACGUUUCUUGAAGAAUGUGGUGCUUCACUUUUGGUUAUUGACUUCUCUCCAUUAAGGGAGGUUCGAGGUUGGAAAGAAGAAAUCUGCAAGAGGGUGAGUGAUUCAGUAUCGAUUCAUGAAGUUGAUGCUCACAAUGUAGUACCUGUUUGGGUAGCAUCCGAUAAGUUGGAAUAUAGUGCUAGGACCAUAAGGAGUAAGAUCAAUAAUCUCCUUCCCAAGUAUCUGAUUGAUUUUCCAAGACUGAGGCCUCCAAUUAAGAAGUGGGCAUCUCCGGGUCAGUUUGCUGAUUGGGAGAAGCUCAUUGCUGAUGUUGUAAGGAAAGGUGCAGAAGUUCCAGAGCUUGAAUGGUGCAAACCAGGUGAAGAUGCUGCAAUGGAUGUCUUGAUGGGAAGUAAAAAUGGGUUCUUGACAAAGAGAUUAAAUAGCUACUCAACAGACCGGAAUAACCCGUUGAAACCUAGUGCACUGUCUGGUCUGUCGCCUUAUUUGCAUUUUGGGCAGAUUUCAGCACAGCGAUGUGCUAUAGAGGCGCGCAAUGUCAGGAAGCUUUGUCCUCAGGCGGUUGAUGCAUUCUUGGAGGAGUUAGUUGUGCGUAGAGAACUUGCUGAUAAUUUCUGCUUCUAUCAGCCUAAGUAUGAUUCAUUACUGGGAGCAUGGGAAUGGGCUCGUAAGACCCUGAUGGACCAUGCUUCUGAUAGACGAGAACAUAUCUAUACACUUCUACGGCCUAAUGGAAUUUGCAGGAGGGAACAAUUGGAGAAGGCUCAAACUGCUGAUCCUCUCUGGAAUGCUUCUCAGCUGGAGAUGGUUCAUGUCGGAAAGAUGCAUGGUUUUAUGAGGAUGUAUUGGGCAAAAAAGAUUCUUGAGUGGACUAGCAGCCCUGAAGAUGCCCUUGCAGUAUCAAUUUAUCUCAAUGACAAGUAUGAAAUUGAUGGGAGGGAUCCAAAUGGAUAUGUUGGUUGCAUGUGGUCCAUAUGUGGCGUGCACGAUCAGGGUUGGAAAGAACGACCAGUUUUCGGGAAAAUACGGUAUAUGAACUACGCAGGGUGCAAAAGGAAGUUUGAUGUGGAUGGAUAUAUUGCCUAUGUUAAGAGGGAGGCUGGUGAAGUCAAGAAGAGGAAAUUAGAAGCCGCGCCCACUGCCGCCAAGAUAAAGGAGCCUCGUAUUUAAGGUGGUGAUUUACUUUCGAUUGUAUGUGGGGUUGUAACCACAAGUGUAGGAAUUGUAGAUUUAUAAGCUUCUCCAUUUCCAACAUAGUUUAGAUCGGUUGAUGAAAUAGUGUUUUUUUCAACUGUAUUAAAUUGACCAUAUGAUGAUGGAAAUCAGCGAGAACACAGUUCUAGUAGUAGUGUUGACAACAACACCUUCAAAGGCAAAUAAAUGCUUCAGAAAUUUAUCAA